AAGAGUGACCUCGGAGCGUAGAUACACCGAAGGCUUGCGAGAAGGCACCGACAGAGCGUCGUGAACGGCGGCUAAUGCAGAUAACCAACCAAACUCUGUAUGUCGGCAAGUCAGCUGAGGCCACGAUUCGUCAUGUAGCCAAUGUCCCAUAUAAGCCAAGCCAAGCGAACCCUCGUUCAGGAACACACUGGCAGUGUUGCGAUUCGUUCAGAUUGCCUCACUAGUAUCGCGUACACGCUCCUAACGAUGAGCUUCCCACUUGGCGUUCAAGCUGCACUCGGGCUAGUUGUCCUCGUCGGCAUAAUCCACUUUGGACUACAGGGUCGACAAUUUCGCCGUGGUCAGUUACCUCCUGGUCCUCGACAGCUGCCCAUCUUGGGCAACGUAGCACAGAUGACUUUGGAGUUCCCGGAGAAACGGUUUGCACAAUGGAGAGAGACGUAUGGGGACAUUGUUUACUUGAAGAUAUUCAACACCCAUGUAUUAGUCAUCAACUCUGUCACUGCUGCACGAGAGCUCCUGGGCAAGCGAAGCUUCAAAUACUCGGAUAGGCCACAUUUGGUCCUGCUAACAGAGAUGCUCGGGUGGGAACACGACUUCGGGCUCCUACCGUAUAAUGAAGAAGUCCGUAAACAUAGACGAUGGAUGCAUCUCCCUUUCUUCUCCAAGACAUCGCUGUCUGCAUUUGCUGAGGUACAGAGACGUGAAGCAGUCACCCUGCUCACGGGGCUUCUUCGAGAUCCCAAGGAUUUCGGGACUCAUAUCCAUCGAUAUUCUGCGUCGACCAUGCUCCAGUGUCUCUAUGGGCACACUGUAGCGUCUUCUGACGACGAGUAUCUGCAUCUCAUUGAGAAGGCACUAGACGAGACAAUGGGCUCGUCCGCUCCGGGCGCGGCACCCGUGGACUUCAUACCAAUGCUCAAAUAUAUCCCGGCCUGGGUACCAGGGGCGAGGUUCAAACGAACUGCAUUGUGGGUCAAGACCGUAGUGCAGGAUGCUGCACGACGAACGUACGCCUUGGCGGAGAGCAAGCUGAGCGAGGACACGGGCGCGCACUUUGUGUUACCGGAGUUGAUCAAGGCCUCCUCGGCUAAAGGAUUACUGGAGCACGAACGGCCGGAGAUCAUGAUGUUUGGCCUUACUUUGUACGCGGCUGGCACGGAUACGACACAAACCGUCGUGAUGGUCUUUCUGCUUGCUAUGGUGCUCAAUCCAGAUGUAUAUGCCAAGGCGCAAGAGGAAAUGGACCGUGUCGUCGGCACCAGCAGGAUUCCGACCAUCGAAGACAGACCUGCGUUGCCAUAUCUUGAGUGCAUCCUCAAAGAGACUUAUCGGUUCUCGUGCCCCGCACCUCUAGGUAUGCCUCACAAGAACUGCGAGGAUGACGAGUACCGCGGGUACUGGAUACCCAAGGGGACGACCGUAGUCGCUAACCUAUGGUUUAUGUUACACGAUCCUGCCACAUAUCCAGACCCAGACGCUUUCCGUCCGGAACGCUUCAAUGGGCUGAAUGACGAUCAAGAGGAUCCUCGAAAUAUUGUCUUCGGGUUUGGACGGCGGAUUUGUCCUGGUCGUCGCUUUGCUGACAUAGGCAUAUGGCAUGCAAUGGCGAACAUUAUAACGACGUUCGACGUCCGCAAGACUCGUGAUGCAAUGGGCGAUGAGAUCACGCCGCCAGGGACAUUCUCUUCUGGUCUCGUCAAUCACCCUCACAAGUUUCAAUGCUCUAUUACGCCACGCUCUAAGCAAGCCACAGAGUUGAUAUUGGGUGGGGUUUGAGCGUAGAGAUGAUUGUAGAAUUUUCCCAAGAUACGAAUCCUAGAAGCGUGAACGGGACGAUCGGUUUGUGUAUUACCAUGCAGCAAGAUACGACUCACUCCGCUAGUAUGCUUUAAGCCCCCAAGGUGUUCUGUCAUACUGCACUUCGUAGAGAACAGCCAGGAGGGUGAUUUCUGGGAAAAGAGUGCCUUGAUUCCUUUCCCAGAAUGGCAGUAGAUGCUCUGCGAGACGCAGUCCAGCCUUUGUUUCGAACAUUCGUGCCGCCGCGCCUCUGUGUCAACCCCGUAAGUACUAGCCGACGAAGGC